GCUCUUCCCCAGCUCCAUGUCUCCGCUGAGCUCCGCCGCGCCGUCGAGGCCCGCUCCCGAGAUGAGCGCCGCCCGGAAACCCAGCGAGCUGCGCAAGAGCCUCAAGCCGCUGAUGGAGAAGCGCCGCCGGGCGCGCAUCAACGACAGCCUCAACCAGCUCAAGACCCUGAUUCUACCGCUCAUCGGCAAAGACAGUUCCCGCUUUUCCAAGCUGGAGAAGGCCGACAUCUUAGAGAUGACCGUCCACUUCCUCAAGGAGCUUCCAGACCCCCGUGCCUCAGUCCCAGACUCUGCCGACAGUUACUGUGAAGGCUACCACGCCUGCCUGUCCCGGCUCACGACGCUCCUGCCCAAAUACAACCUCUUGAGCCCAGAUGCCUGCAGCAGCCUCCUCGGGCAUCUCCAGGGUCUCAGCGAAGAGCGUGCCUGGCCCUGCGACCGCCCAAAGGACUGGGCCCAAGCAGGGUGGGCGUCCUUGCGCCCGGCCAGGGUGGACCAGGAAGAAGCCUUUUCUGCACACUCCCCCGAGCUGCCUCCUCCAUCCCUCUGGAGGCCCUGGUAG